CGCCGCUUCUCAGGCCGCACCGCGUCCGGAGCCCCUUCCCCGGCCCCGGGAGGUGAACUAGGGGCCCGGGGCUCGGCGGCAGUGGGGGAGGGGGCUGCCUGGUCUCGGCCUCUGAGAGGGGAGGGGCGACAAUUUCUGUCGGCCGAGCUAAAGGGGUUUAAAGGGCGGCUCUUAAAGGGGCCGCAGAAGGGGCCCGGGCCGAGGAGGCACCCCUUCCCCAUCCGCCUGUCGUCGCGCUCGCGCGGGGCCGCUGGGCCGAAGGGAGAGAAUGCAGAGGAAGCAAACGCGGGUCGCGAUCGCCCUAGCGGCAGAGCCCCAGCUCGUGGGGUUGGGCUCGAGGUGGCGGGCCGGGGGUCGGGGGUGUGGUGAGCGCUGGUGAGCGGAACUGGGGGAGAGGGGAUAGGCUUGGAGAGGAGAGGGUUAAAGGUGGGGCCAGCCCUACAAACACGCGCACACACUUCUUACUCAGACCCGGUCACACGCGUUUCCCUGGCACUUAAUGCGGGGCGGUGUUGAGGCCUGGGCCCGAGUCCUCUCCACCCAAGGCUUUUUGCUGCCGGGCUUUGGGAGGUCGCGGACCCCACUGCCGCAACUCACACCUCGGGAGCCCCCUCUCUUACGCGCACACAUGCUCCGGCGCGCGCGCACACCUCGGACAUUCCCAUAGUGCCUCACGUGACACACGGCCCCGAACGUGCCCACCCUUCACACACGCUCACGCACGCGUGCACACACGCACACACAAACACUCACGGCCUCCCGGUCACUUCCCCCUCCAUCCGACCCCCGCCUGCAUCCCCGCUUAAGGCGCUCAUUGACUAUGACACACCUACACUCAUUCACAGACACACACACUCCCCCCACACAUGCCAGCCACAGACACACAUUCAUAAACAGGGCCAGGAGAAGUACACACGCACCCCCUCGCCUACUCUUUCGGGAGCCCUGAGUCAUUCCUGCCCCCUCCCAAGGCUCCCCACUUCCCUGUGUGCUGGCACACAGGCCGGGCUUAGGAAUUCUUUGGCCUCUUCACCUGAGCCUGGCGGCCCUCUCCCAGAGCCCCCUUCCCUUCUGUGUUCCCUCAGACACUCAGCGGAGGACUUCCUGUGGGUCCCAGGUCAGGGGUGAGGAGGGCCUGGAGGGUUGCCACAAACCCAGUGUGAGUUGGGGAGGUGCUUCCUUUUCCUGAACUCUGGGAUCCUACAGGAGGAAGCUGGGAAGUUGGGCGGGGGCCCAGCAGAGGAUGUGCCGACAGUGGUGGGGCUGACCCUCCCUCCCAGAAGCACUGGGCCUUCCUUAGGGAGGAGCCAGGGGUGCCGAGGCCGGGCAUGAGGAGCUUGUCAGAGAGGAGGCCCAGGGCGGGCCGCGGCCCAGGCCCUUGCCAUGGAGUCCAUGUUUGAGGAUGACAUCAGCAUCCUGACCCAGGAGGCCCUGGGGCCCAGUGAGGUGUGGCUGGAUGCCCCUGGAGACCCCUCGCUGGGGGAGGACAUGUGCUCUGCCUCCCACUUUGCCCUGAUCACGGCCUAUGGAGACAUCAAGGAGAGGCUGGGGGGCCUGGAGAGGGAGAAUGCCACCCUCCGCCGCCGCCUCAAAGUCUACGAGAUUAAGUACCCACUGAUCAGUGACUUUGGGGAGGAGCAUGGUUUCUCUCUAUAUGAAAUCAAGGAUGGUUCCCUGCUGGAGGUGGAGAAAGUCAGCCUGCAGCAACGGCUCAACCAGUUCCAGCAUGAGUUGCAGAAAAACAAGGAGCAGGAAGAACAGCUUGGGGAGAUGAUCCAGGCUUACGAGAAGCUCUGCGUGGAGAAGAAUGACCUGGAGACGGAGCUGGGAGAGAUGCGGGCCCUGGUGGAGACCCACCUGCGGCAGAUCUGUGGUUUGGAGCAGCAGUUGCGGCAGCAGCAAGGCCUCCGGGAUGUAGACUUCCCCAGCCUGAGCCCCCCACCUGCGCCUGCCCCGCCCUGUGCUGAUCUGGACCUUCACUACUUGGCACUGAGAGGGGGAUCCGGCUUGAGUCACGCAGGCUGGCCAGGCGCCACGCCGAGUAUGAGUGAACUGGAGCGGCGGCGGCUGGAAGAGGCCCUGGAGGCUGCCCAGGGAGAGGCCCGGGGGGCUCAGCUUCGGGAGGAGCAGCUCCAGGCCGAGUGUGAGCGGCUGCAGGGGGAGCUGAAGCAGCUGCAGGAGACCCGGGCCCAGGAUCUAGCCUCCAACCAGUCGGAACGGGACAUGGCGUGGGUGAAAAGAGUUGGGGAUGAUCAGGUGAACUUGGCGCUGGCUUACACGGAGCUGACAGAGGAGCUUGGCCGGCUUCGGGAGCUGAGUUCCCUGCAGGGGAGGAUCCUGAGGACGCUGCUGCAGGAGCAGGCCCGGAGUGGCGGCCAGAGGCACUCGCCGCGGUCGCAGCGCCACUCCCCGGCCCCCCAGUGCCCCUCGCACUCCCCGCCGGCCCGCGCGGCGCCCCCAUGCCCCCCGUGCCAGUCCCCUGUCCCCCAGCGCCGCUCCCCUGGGCCCCCCUGCCCCUCGCCCCAGCAGCGCCGCUCUCCGGCCUCGCCCUCCUGUCCGUCGCCCGUCCCGCAGCGCCGCUCGCCGGUGCCGCCGCCGUGUCAGUCCCCCAGCCCGCAGCGCCGCUCCCCAGGGCCCCCCACCUGCCCGGCCCCGCAGCCCCGGCCUCCGCCGCCCCCGCCGCCCGGGGAGAGGACGCUGGCCGAGCGAGGCUACGCCAAGCCGCCCAGCCACCACGUGAAGGCCGGCUUCCAAGGCCGGCGCAGCUACUCAGAGAUGGCGGAGGGCGCGGGCUACGCGGGCGCCUCCCCGCCCUGGCUGCAGGCCGAGGCGGCCACGCUGCCCAAGCCGCGGGCCUACGGUGGCGAGCUCUACGGCCCCGGCCGGCCCCUCAGCCCGCGGCGCGCCUUCGAGGGCAUCCGCCUGCGCUUCGAGAAGCAGCCGUCGGAGGAGGAGGAGUGGGCCGUGCCCGCCAGUCCGCCCAGUCCGGAGGCCGGCGCCAUCCGCUGCGCCUCGUUCUGCGCGGGCUUCCCGGUCCCCGAGUCGCCCGCCGCCACCGCCUACGCCCACGCCGAGCACGCGCAGUCCUGGCCGUCCAUUAACCUGCUGAUGGAGACAGUGGGCUCUGAUAUCCGCAGCUGCCCCCUCUGCCAGCUGGGUUUCCCACUCGGGUACCCAGAUGAUGCCCUCAUCAAACACAUUGACUCCCACCUGGAGAACAGCAAGAUCUAGGGUGCCUCCCCCCACCCACUGGCAGUUUCUCCGCCCUCUCCCAUCACCCCCACUCACUCACUCACUUUGAAUGCUGCAUGAAUCUCGUAGGGGGCCCCUGCCCCUUGCGACCCCCAGAUACCUCCACUAGCUACUGAGUCAACGUGUGUGCCGUCUCCCCUGGUCCAGGCACCACUCAGCCCUGGCUCUUCCCGGGAGGUCAGCCGAGGCUCUCCCCAGCUCCCUGGCUUCUGCUGGGGAGGUGGGAUGGGCUGGGAUGGGGAGGGGCAUAUCCUACCCAGCCUCUCCUUCUGCCUUUCUGUUCUCAAACAGUUGGGUCCAAGAAGGUGUCUAGUGCUUGGGCCUGGGGGAGGGGAGGGUAUCAGAAGACUCCAGAAGCUCCCCAGCCCCUACCCAGAUGGCCAGCUUUCUCAGGCUGUGCUCUGUCCAGGGAGUGCCUCCCUGUAGGGUCCCAGAGCCUGCCCUGCACACUGAUGCCUGUUCCUCUGUCCCCUGGCCAGGUUGGAGCUCAUGGCAUGGCCCCCCCGCCCCCUCCACUGGGGGAAGGAGGCAUCUUGUUUUCUUGCCAUUCCCUGUAGGGCAGCCCUGUUUUCCCCCUCAGCCCACCCUGGGGAAUAGGGAGGGUGGGAGAGGAGAGGGAGGACCCUGAAGGAUUGGGAGCAUCUGGCCCCAAGAGGCUGCGUUGAGGCACCACGACCCUCAGGCCGGGGAACCAUCUGUGUCUGCCUCCCAGGCCCAUGCCCUUCUUCUGGAGCCCCCAGCGUCAAGGUGCAGGUUGUUAAGGCAGAUGUGCCCCCCCACCUGACCCCCCUCAAGCCCCGACACCACAGGUGCCCUGGAGCCCAGGUGUGACUCAGCCUCCGUUAGCUGGGUGGAUGUCAUCAGCCCAGCCUCCCAGGCCAGAACCUGAGGAUGGGCCCAGGGUGCUGUGGAGAUCAACUUCAAAAGAGCUAACCCCCUUCCCACACCCCAGCGACCCACAUUCCCUCUGUGAAAUCUACCUCAGAGUCGUACCCUCAGAAGGAUGGGUAAGCAGGAGGCCAGGGGGUCCCCAGGGCUGAGGUGAGGAGCUUCCCAGGCCAGCGCCUGCUGCCCCACGAUGAGUCCACUCUCCUCCACUGCAAGCCUCUCCCACGUCUCAGCCCGGGCGGGGGCAGUGGGCGCUGCGGUCAGUGCAUGUACCAUUCUGAUCCAACUCUCCCAGGCCCCCCACCUCCCCACACCCCUCCCCUCCUCCUCAGCGCAGGGGAGGGAGGGGGUGUGUCGGGGUGGGGGCAAGGGGCCGAGGACUCCAGGGACACAUGGCAUUGUACCUUGAGUGUCCCCCUAGGGAGGGGAAACAGGGAAGGGGGACUGGAAAGGGGAGGUGGGGCCCCUGAGCUCUCUGAACAAGUUGAAAGUCCAAAUAAAACUUAACCUGUUCCAUCUGCGCUC